CAGUAUUUCCUGGAUACCGUAAACAAUCCGGUAGUUUUCUUUCGUACUUUGUUCCCACGAGGUCUGUGAGGGUGACAGUUAAUUUACCCUCCUGUCUUCAGGAGUUUGUUUUCAUUCUGCUGCUCAGCGUCCAGACUGUUGAGUGACAGGACCAUCUGUGUCUGAACCCAGCACACAGAUUUCAGGACAUUUCACCGUCUUUCCAUGCACUGUUCAGAUGUGGCUGCUUGCUUUAUCUGUGCCGCUGCUUCCCGCCAUCGUCAUGGUGUACAGUCGCUACCGGGUGAAAGUUGCCACGCUGUGCCAGCAAGCUCUGGCCUGGGCAUUGAGGCUGAUGCGAGGGCGAGUAUGUGUUAAGAGCGCCCACGCUUUCGUGUUCUCCAACUGCACCCACGGCAAAGUUAACAGUGUCCUGGAGACCUUUGACCUUUACGCUCGGACGCACCCCUCCCUCUGCAUCGGCCCAGAGAUCGGUGAGGUGCUGGAUGAGGUGGUGAGGCGUGUCCGUCCACUGAGGGUCCUGGAGUUUGGAACUCAUUGUGGCUACAGCUCAGUCCGCCUGCUACGUCUGCUGCCCCCUGCUGGCCGACUGAUCACAGUGGAGCUGGACCCAGUCACAGCAGAUCUGGGGGAGGAAGUCAUACUAGUGUCUGGCUUCAAACACUCCCAGUUCCAGGUACUGACAUGCAGCUCAGCCGAGGCCAUCCCAAGGUUGCACUCACUUCUUGGGCCCGAUGCAGGGACCAGUGAGGGCGUCGAUCUGGUGCUAAUGGACCACGAUCCCCAGCAGUACCUUCCAGACCUGCUGGCCCUGGAAAGAGAGCAGCUCCUCUGCCCCUCUGGCUGCUCAGUGCUGCUCAUUAAAAGAAAGCAAAGAGCUGAAGAUUUCAGAGGAGUCCUGAAUCACAUCAGGGGAAGGACAGACUGCUACAGCAUCAAGACGGAGCUUCAGUGUCUGAUGGAAAUCUUUUACCGAAAAGAAAGCACAAUAUAAAGGAUGAAGUCUAGAACGUGACUGUCUGCUUAGGUCUUAUGGACUGAUGGUGUUAAAUAGUUCAUCAUUUCAAAUAUUGAAGUUUGAGCUGAAGAUUUUAUUCGUAAUGAAAUAAGUAAUAGAGUACAGUUUUUAACCACUUUAAAUAUCAGGUGAUAUUGCUAGAAUUGAUUUGUGGCAGGAAAGAGAGCAUAAUAUUUAUAUUCAAAGAGUUUACGUUUUGCUUCCGUUUAUUUCAUCUGGACACUUAUUUUGUAUAUCAUUUGAUACAUAAAUACAAAAAUGGGCCAUGAUUCUAAAAAAAAAUGAUCAAUUCUAUUUCAGUUAAAGCUGAAAAAUAAAACUUGAAACAGUAGUAAAGAAAAAGUAAGAUAGAUUCCUAUAAAACACCCUCACAUAAAGAUGAGCUUCAAGGAAGGACUUUUCAGAUGACACUCACUGACCACGUGAUCAAAAAAAAGACUGACUAUAUCAAUGUAAAGUAAAAUUAUGUUGCAAAUAUUAUCAGCCAAACAUCUGGCUAUGUAGUAUUACAUUUUUUUUUAGCAUUCAAUUAUUUUAUUUCCACGUCCACUGUAGGGAGCAGAAGGAAUCUGUCCACAGUGACACUGCAUCCUUGAUCAGUAAAUAUAGAUUAAAGGAUGAAAAAGCAGAAAUACAAGAUUUAAGUGAUUUAAACAACUGCCUGGAACAUUUCUCUGCACCAAAUGUGCGAGAGGGAAAUAAAUUGAAAGAUCUGGCACUUUUUCUUUAGAUUUGUUGUUUUUUAUGUAAAGAAUUCCUCACUUCACAGCUCAGGAAAAGGCACGCAUGGUAGACGUCUCAUCAGUACAGUGCUGCUUCAGGUUAUCAUCCUUUGUAACUAGUUUCAUGUGGAUCAACAUGACUUUUAUUGUUUCUCAUUUAGUACAUUCAGACCAGAUAGUGUUUUUUUUUGCAGCACCUCAGGAUCUGUUGGCUAUUUAUUUUCUAUAUUACAGCUGAUGAUCAGAAACCCAGAGGUGCUUCCACAAUCACCUCGCCUCAUAACAAAAGACACAAAGGAUAGAAAUGACUAGUUGUAGUGCACUUAGGAACCACUUGGUGGCACUGUCUGCAUUUUAACAGAAUAAAAACUUGCUUAUUGGCAUAUGUAUGCCAUGGCAAGCUUUUUAAAGGGAAAUGCCACUCAAUUUAAGACAUCCUUCUUCUUGUUGUUGUUGCACCUCAGGACUUAGUACGAGUUAACAUGUUUUAUUUUACUGCAGACUGAAAGUGAUAUAAAUGAUUCCACCUCA